AUGGCACACAUCCCUUAUCGUCUUGACGGCAAGGUCGCCCUGGUCACCGGCUCAGGCCGUGGCAUUGGUGCAGCGAUGGCGACAGAGUUGGGCCGCUGCGGAGCCAAGGUUGUCGUGAACUAUGCCAACUCUCGCGAAUGCGCCGAUAAGCUCGUGAAAGAGAUUGAAGCUCUAGGCACUGAAGCUGUCGCGCUGCAGGCAAAUAUACGCAACGUGUCUGAGAUCGUCAAGCUGAUGGACGAAGCUGUCGCCCAUUUUGGUGGUCUGGAUAUUGUCUGCAGCAACGCUGGCGUGGUGAGCUUUGGUCAUUUGGGUGAUGUUACCGAAGAAGAGUUUGACCGAGUCUUCAGCCUCAACACCCGGGCCCAGUUCUUUGUCGCCCGCGAAGCAUACCGGCACCUCAACGACGGUGGCCGCAUCAUUCUCAUGUCCUCGAACACAGCCAAGGAGUUCAGCGUUCCUCGUCACGCCGUGUAUUCUGGUUCCAAAGGCGCAAUCGAGUCCUUUGUACGCGUGAUGGCCAAGGACUGCGGGCAUCGGAAGAUCACCGUCAACGCAGUGGCUCCGGGUGGAACCGUGACCGAUAUGUUUCACGACGUCGCGAAACAUUACAUCCCCAACGGCGAGAAGUACUCUGAACAGGAGCUGCAGGAGAUGGCAGCGCAUGCAUCGCCCCUGGUGCGGAACGGAUUUCCGGUGGAUAUCGCGCGCGUAGUGUGCUUCCUCGCAAGCCGGGAGGGAGAAUGGAUUAAUGGGAAGAUCUUGACUGUGGAUGGCGGAGCUGCUUGA